AUGCUCUACCGGAGGCUGGAGGAUGCCUCACGGAUCGCCGCGUACAUCCAGGAGCAUGUCUCGGAUAAGGUCUUUCACGAUCCCAAGCAUGUUAACCGGCUUUUACAGGCUCUUAGCAACCGCCCAGAGUCACUUUACGAGGAGCUGAUGCGAGAUUUCAAGAGCGAGGUCGCUUUUUUGCUCGAGAAGCUUCUUACGUUGUAUACAUUGAACUCGAAAACGUCCAUGACUCCGCAAGCGCAUGAGUUUAUCAUUCGCUGUGAGCAACAAGGGGUCCGUACGGCGGCCUGGGCAGCAGAUCUUCAGCCCAUUAGCGGAAUGGAGCCUUCUCUGCUGACACCACGGGAGCUUCUCAAACGGCUUUCUACGGUCGACGUUGUUGGGCAUCUUCAGCGUCGGAUUGAGCUUUGCGCGGAGGUUGAUGCGAUGAGUAGAUGCGUGAAAAAAAUGGAGAGUCUUUUCUCUCCACCGGAGGAUGGGUCGGGGGGAAACCAAAUAACUUAUGCGAUCCAAUGUCAGCUCAACAGUAAGCUCAUUUCCAAGGCUCGUCGUUUGCUAACAACCCCCGGCGAGCCUGCGAAGCCGGAGACGCAUGAGAUGGAGGACAACCCUACCGCUUUAGGGGAUCCCGCCACAGAGGACGACGUGAAGCCCACGCCCGGCGUGAUUAUCCCGCUGAUGUCGGAGCAGCGGGAUCGCUUUAAAGACGUCGUCGCCCGCGCGUUGCGUUUGUUUCAGCGCACCCUCGACUCCACGCCGUCGGGGACGGGAACACAUCAGCCGAUUUUAAAAUGGGGGCGCUUUGCUAAUUGGUGCGCCGCGCACGACCUCAUCCACGCCGCGGAUUUGGCAACGGUUCAGGCGUUGGAGGAGCGGCGUAACGCCGAGAUGCUUUCUCAAGUAAGCCAGUUAGAGACCGUGAUGAAGCUGAAGACGCUGAAGGAGGGGCCUGAGGAGGAGCUCCGUACUCUGGUCGAUGAGCUAUGGCGAAAUGGUGGAAAAAAAUGCCUUCGACCGUGCAGUUUGGAUGUGCUUUCCUGCCUCGCGACCGCUGCUUCUGGGAAGUACGUUUCGCAAGAAGUGAAAAGCCUGAUCGCGGAUCGGCUUGUUAAGACUCAGGCGUUUGCUGCCAAUCCAGAGAAUGGAGAGGCGACGGAAAGGAUUCAACUGCCUAGAAGGGCCCUUCGCUUCGUGAAUGAGCAGCGCGACAGCCAGCAACAUGAAAUUACGACUAACCAGCGCCUCGCCGCCGAGUCGUACACAUCUGAUAAAGACAAAAAAUAA